GCAUCGCAUGGUCAACUUGAAAGGACCCCGAUAGCGUUCCUCGUUACAUGUCCGAAAACAUUUCCACUCCAUGACGGAAUUCUCCCACCCUCAUCUCUUACCAUAAUUAACUCUUCAAAACCUGCGUUCCAUCAAAUAAACCUCCAAUCAUGCCACCAGCCAAAUCCAAACCGCAGCCUGACGACUCGAGGUCCGAAGCCAGCAGCACGAGGGAGAAGCUUGGGAACACCUCCAAUGCCGUCAAUGGCAAAGCUCGUCGAGCAGGAGGAGCCGCGGCAGCUGGGAGCUCUCUUCGAGAUGUAGUAAACGCAGGCCAAAACAAUCCCAAUGCGACAGCUCCAGGAAAUGCCCCGGCCGACACUGCGCCUGGUGUGAGCAUCACCCCAUUUCCCACCGUUGAUGAAUCUCGCACUGACUUGCCUAUAAUAGCUUCAAUGGACCAGUUUCGACCCCGCCGUUCUCCAUGGAUACCGAUAUGAUUAUCGUCUGAAUACCCCAGCCGCGUUCACUAAACCAUACAACCAGAUUGUGCUCUCCCGUUCUGCAAUUGGCAGAAUGUCGCCAACCAUGGCCAGGCGCAAGGAGCAAAGGAGACAAGGCAGUGACCAGCUUGCCAAUUCUGUACGAAAACACUUCAACAGUAUGGGUAUAAUCGAGAACGAGGUAGUCGUGGAUUUCUUGUACAAGGUUCGAUGGCAAGGUAAGUCUACCAAGAAUUUCCCACCCGUAAAUAAACAUACACGAGACUGAGACCAUGUCAGACAAGAAGUUCCGAAUGCGAUUUGCUCCUCCUAGAGCUGCACCUCGAUGAUUGAGAACCAUUCGGACUCUUUACGUAUAUAAUAUCACAUCUGCCUGGCGUUGGAGGACUGGAGUUAUGGGAUCAUGAGUUGGAGCAAAUGGCGUAUGUUUUCCAAGCCUUGAUACCCAGCAUGGUAAGGACAUGGCAUUUUUGGGUUCUUCAUAAGUGGGAAUAUUGAAGCCGUGGCGUCAGUCUGGAGGAACAUUUCCUCAUACUAUUUGAUUUGGUGCGCACAAUUGCAAUAGAUAGUAUAUACUGAUACAAUCCUAC